AUGGGUCCCCUCUCGGGAGCGCCUGGGGCCCGGGAGGCCGGCGCGCCCCUGCAGUGGCUGUGGGCUGUGGCCGUGGUGGCCGGUGCUGCGCCUCCCUGCAGCCUGCUCGUGCUGCUGUCAGGACUCAUUGGCGUCGUCUCCUGGAAAAGGCCUCUGUCCCUCGUGAUAACCUUUUUCAUGCUGCUCUCUGCAGUGUGCGUGAUGCUGAACUUGGCUGGUUCAAUCCUCUCCUGUCAGAACGCUCAGCUCGUCAACGCCCUGGAAGGCUGUCAGUUGAUUAAGUUUGACAGUGUCGAGGUGUGUGUCUGCUGUGAAACGCAGCACCAGUCAAGUGGCUGCAGCAACCUGGGGGAGACGCUGAAGCUGAACCCGCUGCAGGAGGACUGCAACGCCGUGCGGCUGACGCUCAAGGACCUGCUCUUCAGCGUGUGCGCCCUCAAUGUGCUGUCCACCAUCGUCUGCGCCUUGGCCACCGCCAUGUGCUGUAUGCAGAUGGUCUCCUCCGACAUCCUGCGCAUGUUCCUUCCACAGAGGGCGCAUUCCGCCAGCCCCGCCUGCGUGACCCCACACGGAACUGUUCUACACCAGACCCUGGACUUCGAUGAGUUCGUCCCCCCUCUGCCGCCUCCCCCCUACUACCCUCCCGAGUACAGCUGCACGCCCACGGCCGACGCCCACAGGGGCCUCCACCUGGACUUCGCUCCCUCUCCGUUCAGCACCUUGUAUGACGUUGUCGCCAUCAACAGCCCGGGCCUGCUCUACCCCGCUGAGCUGCCCCCGCCCUACGAGGCCGUGGUGGGCCCAAGCCCAGCCAGCCAGCUCCCGAGUACAGAUCAGCAGGCAGCCGACACCGGCUCCCGGGACCCCAACGCUGCCACUGGCUUCAGCACACAAGCACCUGCCGACAGCGCGAGCCUCCCCGUGUCCGAGGGUGCCACCGCGCCGGGCCCAAGCCGUCUCUCCCCUGGCGGCCCUGCGGGUGCCCUGCCACCAGCCCCUCACCCUGGCCUCCCCUCCCCCGAGGGCCCCGACCAAGGCACACGGGUGCGUCAGGGUCCUGGUCGAGUCGCCCGGUCCACCAGCGACCCUACCUCGUGCUCAUCCAGGGCAGCAGUCUCCCGGUCUCGCUCUGUCACGGUGGCCUGUGCCCGGCGGCACCCGCCUUCCCCACCCGGGGACGCAGACACCCGGAAACCCCAGCAGCGCCCAGAGCCCGAGGCUUCGCGCGUGAUCUCCAAAGAGCGGCCGCGCUCCGUGGUGGACAGCAAGGCCCACGCAGACGCCAGGGUUCUGGUGGCUAAAUUUUUGGAACACUCCCACUGCCCCCUCCCUCCCGAGGUGCGGCGCGCGGUGGGCGCCAUCCGCUCGGCGGUCGCCUCCGAGGAGCGCCACGUGGAGGAGGCCAUCUUCAGCGCGGCCGUCCUGGACCAGGUGUGACAGUCACAGGUGUAGACGCUGACACGGACAGGCCUGGGGUCACACUGGACUUGCUGGAGGCCCCUGUGCUCGUGGGAAGGACCUCGGGGGAUCC